ACAGCAUUCGCCACGCUAUUCCGCACUAUUCCGCCAGUCGCCACUCACACUCGUUCAGUUAUUAAUAGCACAACAAUAGGAAUAGGGAUCACGUUCAAUAGACAUUCACAUUUACAUUUAAGAUUGAUCAUUCAUGAUUCACUCACAAGUCACAUUUCACAUUCACAUUCAGUUAAUUUCAAGCAAGAAGUUUGUAAGGGAGGAUGCUGUUUCUGAAUUAAACGUGGAUAUUUUUUGACCUCUUUGAACAAAGUGCAUGCCACAAAAUGGGAUCCUCACAGAAAGAUAUUGAACUGAGCCCUGUUAACACGACACCUAACAGCAGUAAGCCAGCUGUAGAAAAAGUGAAUAUUUUAGUGAACGAUGAGGAAGACGUGAUUAUAGGACGAUUCAGGAAGAUCAGCUCGGCAAAGUCCAUGGCUGCGACGAAUGGUAACAUACAAUAUCCAUCGGAAGUGGUGAAAAACGAUGAUGUAGAGUCGGGGCUCCAUUUUCGGGCGAAAGAGCCGGAGAAAGAUAAACUGCUACCGGAAGCGGUAUCCAAUGGUGGGCUGGUGAGGUCAAAGGUGCCGGUCACCAAAAGCAGCUUCCGGGAUGUCGAGAAGCCGUCCAGGUUCAAGGACCAGCCGUCUGCCACACGAUUUCAGAUGGAAGACAAGCAGGACGAGGCGACGGACUCGGAGGGCUCGGGCAUGGAGAGUGACGACCCUCUCACCGCCACUGACACCAAAUAUGGCAAGAGCUUCAGACAUUUCACCCGUGAGGCCCUACCUCGGCUGGACAACUAUAGGAAUGUCCUGUCGCUGCACGCGGCGCCGCGCCCGACGUUGGAUGAGCUGCACAACGCUUCGCUGUCCAGGAAGCCAGGUCAGACCCUGGAGAAGGACCAGGGGGCGCCGGCCAUGCGAGCCACCAACGUGAAGUUCGGCUGGCUCCAGGGGGUGCUGAUGCGCUGCCUGCUCAACAUCUGGGGGGUCAUGCUCUUCCUGCGCCUGUCCUGGGUGGUGGGGCAGGCGGGUAUUGCGCAGGCAUCGCUGCUGAUACUGACCACGUCGGUGGUGACCACCAUCACGGCGCUCUCCAUGUCGGCCAUCAGCACCAACGGAGUCAUCAAGGGAGGCGGGACGUACUACAUGAUAUCACGGUCUUUGGGGCCGGAGUUUGGGGGCUCCAUCGGGUUGAUAUUCUCUAUGGCGAAUGCUGUGGCGUGCGCUAUGUACGUGGUUGGCUUCGGCGAGUCGCUCAUCACCCUCAUACCGGAGUCCGCGUACAUGGUCAGCAAGAGUUGGGACCAAGCAAUAUACGGCUGCAUAACAAUAGUUCUAUUAACCGGCAUCGUGAUAGUGGGGCUGGAGUGGGAGGCCAAGGCGCAGAUAGUGCUGCUGAUCAUCCUGCUGGCGGCCAUCGCUGACUUCUGCAUCGGCUCCAUCAUCGGCCCCAAAAGUGACGUGGAAGUCGCCCAGGGAUUCGUGGGCUACAACAUGACGGUGCUACGUAGUAACGUGGGUCCGGACUACAGGAUGUUCGAGGGAGUGGAGCAUAACUUCUUCUCCGUGUUCUCGAUAUUCUUCCCCGCCGCUACCGGGAUAUUGGCGGGGGCUAAUAUAUCAGGGGAUCUAAAGGACCCCCAAAAAUCGAUACCAAAGGGAACACUACUAGCGAUAUUACUGACGACGAUAUCGUACGUGCUGAUAGCGCUGAUCGCGGGCUGGACGGUGUUGCGCGACGCGUCGGGCGACCUGGCGGACGUCGGCAACUGGACCAUGGACCAGUGUCGGCACAACGGCACGUGUCAGUACGGACUGCAUCACAGCAAUGACGUGAUUCGGCUGGUGUCUGCGUUCGGUCCGCUGAUCUACGGCGGAUGCUUCGCUGCUACUCUAUCUUCGGCGCUUGCCUCGCUCGUGUCCGCUCCUAAAGUUUUUCAAGCGCUGUGUGAAGACAAGCUGUAUCCGUACCUGGAGUUCUUCGCGAAGGGGUACGGCGCCAACAACGAGCCGGUGCGCGGGUACGCGCUCACCUUCGUCAUCGCCGUGUCCUUCAUACUUAUGGGUGGUCUGAAUCAGAUCGCGCCGCUGAUCUCCAACUUCUUCCUGGCGGCAUACGCUCUCAUCAACUUCGCCACCUUCCACGCCAGCCUCGCCAAGCCGGUCGGCUGGAGGCCUACCUUCAGGCUGUACAACAUGUGGCUGUCGCUAUUGGGCGCCAUGGUGUGCGUGGCCAUCAUGUUCGUGAUCUCGUGGAGCACGGCGCUGCUCACCAUCGCAUGCCUGCUUGCGCUCUACCUGCUCGUGUCCUACCGGAAACCUGAUGUGAACUGGGGCUCUACGACGCAGGCGCAGACGUACAAAGUGGCGCUGUCCGGCGUCCAUCAGUUGAACCAAGUCACUGAGCACGUUAAAAAUUACAGGCCUCAAAUCCUGGUGCUGACGGGCUUCCCCGGCGAGCGCCCGCUGCUGACCGACUUCACGUAUCUGCUCACCAAGGGCCUGUCCCUCAUGCUGUGCGGACACAUCCUGCAGAGUCCAGUGAACCACCGCACGCGCGAGGCGCUGUCCAACCGCGCGUACCACUGGUUCUUGAAGCGCAAGAUCAAGGCGUUCUACACGCUCGUCGAUGACGUCAGCUUCAAAGAUGGCGCCAGCGCGCUCAUACAGGCGAGCGGCGUGGGUAAGCUGAAGCCGAACAUACUAAUGAUGGGCUUCAAGGAGGACUGGCAGACGUGCGACCGCAGCGCCCUGGCGGACUACGUCGAUGUCAUGCACAAAGCCCUGGACGUGCACAUGGCGCUGGCGCUGCUGCGGGUGGAAGGUGGGUUGUACACGCGCGACGCGCUCGACUCUGACUUGCAGGCCUACCUCGACGACGCAGCGCGCGACCACUCCGCCUUGCAGCGUUCCAUGGGCGACAACUUCAAAGACUCGAAAUCUACUGAAAGUUUGAACACUCAGUCGAGAGGUAGCAGCUUGUCGGACGUAUCGAUAGUGUCGGGCGAGCUGCCCAAGGUGUCGCCCGAUCCCACCGGCAAGUUCCAGAAGCAGAACAAAGAGAGUAAAACCCUGGGCGACGUGGUGCGCCGCAUCGGCAUAGUGAACCGCGCGCGCCGCGUGUCCUCCUUCACUUCCGUGGAGCAGUUCACCAAGAAGCAGGCCGGCACAGUCGACGUCUGGUGGCUCUAUGAUGAUGGCGGUCUAACGCUGCUGCUGCCGUACAUCCUGUCGACGCGGCGCGCGUGGGCGACGUGCCCGCUGCGCGUGUUCACGCUCGCCAACAAGAAUACAGAGAUGGAGAUCGAGGAGCGCAACAUGGCGUCUCUGCUGUCCAAGUUCCGCAUCGACUACUCGGCGCUGAAGAUGAUCCCGGACAUCACGAAGAAGCCGCGGGACGCCACGCUCGCGUACUUCGACCAGCUCAUCGCGCCCUUCCGCACGCCGGACGACACGAACGAUAAUAUGGGCAUCACUGAAGCUGACUUACUAGCGGCCCGCGAACGAACAAACAGAUAUCUGCGUGUACGCGAACUGAUCAACGAGCACAGCAGCGGUGCGAGACUAGUAUGCGUCACACAACCCAUGCCGAGGAGGAGGGGGCUACCUCCCGCGUUGUACGCCGCCUGGCUGGCCGUGCUAGCUACAGCGGCCCAGAGGGUACUCCUUGUUAGGGGAAACCAUGCUGCAGUACUAACUUUCUACUCUUAAUGUAUGUACUCUCCUGGUACCUCGACCACCGAAUAAUAUGACAGUGUAUCACAAUUAUUGUUACCAUAGUCGUGGUAUUAGUUAUUAAUAUUUUAUAUUGGGUGUAGAACGUAAGAAAAGAGGGCUUGCAGCCCGCUGUUUACGUCGCCUGACACUGUGUUAGCUACAGCGGCUCAGAGGGUGCUCCUUGUCAGGGGCAACCAUGCCGCCGUACUAACGUUCUACUCCUAAUAUAUAUGCUCUCCUGGUACUUUGACCACCGAAUAAUAUGACAGUGUGUGUAUUACGAGUCUAAUUUAUUGUUACAUGGUUUCGUUAUUUAAUUUACGUUUAAGACGUGUUGCUUGUUUGGGGCAACCAUACUAAUGAAACUCGUAUUCUACUGUAACAAAAAUUUACUGUAACGUAUAUGCUUUCCUGGUAUUUUCCACUAUAAAUACGUUAGGUCCAAAAACUUUUCGAGUUAAUGAUCUCCUAGUAAUUUUACUGAUGAGUAUACCCUUCUUUUCAGAACCAAAAUCGAAAAGAACUCAAAUAAAAAUACUUUAAUUAAAUUCUUAUUAUUACCAUGCAUUAUUUAAAAUUCCUAUAAUGGAAUGGGUUACAGUUGUAAUUAUGGAAUUUAUGAAGCAUAUCUGCUUGAGCAGAUAUCUGCAGCAUAUCUGCUUGGCUCAGAGUCACACAGCGGGCGAUGGAACGAGCUAUGUUAGGAGUAUCUCUGCGUGAUCGAAUCAGAAAUGAGGAGAUCCGCAGAAGAACCAAAGUUACAGACAUAGCUCAACGAGUUGAGAAGCUGAAGUGGCAAUGGGCGGGGCACAUAGUUCGAAGAGCCGAUGGACGUUGGGGUCCCAAAGUGCUGGAAUGGCGACCCCGCACUAGUAAGCGCAGUGUUGGCCGACCCCCCACCAGGUGGACUGACGACAUCAAGCGAGUCGCAGGGAUUCGCUGGAUGCAGGUGGCUCAGUAUCGUAAUGUUUGGAAGUCCCUACAAAAGGCCUAUGUCCUGCAGUGGACGUCCAUCGGCUGAUAUGAUGAUGGUGAUGAUGAUCUGCUUGAACGUCAGCAAUAACUGAAGCUGACUUUGGACUACUUAUACUUUUAUGCUCUCCUAGUAAUUUUAACUCAAAAUCUUGAUAUUCACAAGUAAUUUUAAUAUAAUACCAGUGAAUUUAGUAAUAAAACUAUACUAAUAAUAUUUUUAUAUGGAUCUGUUUGUAUGUCUUUUAAUUUUAUUAACAAAUCAUAAGUACAUCACACAUUAAUUAGUUAAAUUAAUUCUCAUAGUUUCCAUUACGAGAUGUCGAUGUCGACAUAACUUUUUAUUAUACUCGUAGUUGUGCAUUCCUAAACGAGCAGAGCAUAGUAAUGUCGAUAAUCCAAUGUAGCGUGUCGGAGCCGACAUUCCGUGUGCCUGAAAGUACAAAUUAAUAUUUAUGUUUAACAGUUAUUAGGUUAACAACACAUCACCAUUGUUGUUUCUCUCAACGACUAUUUGACACGCGCGUAAGUGCGAUCUCACUUAAUGACAAGUGAUGAAUGACAAGUAAGUACAGUGAUCUGUAAAGGGCGGCUAUCCAUUAAUUAUGUCACAUGGUUUCGAUGACUUUUUGAACUCUACCCCUGUUCUUGUCACAGUUGUCACGUUUUUCAAAAUUGUCCUUUCCUAAAGUGACUGUGAUAUUGCAGAUUUAAUUCUGGAAAUUUUGUUUAGUUUAUAGUUAAUUUGUAAUUAACAAAACAGUAAAACGUAAUAUUGACAGAUUUAGAGAUAAUACAUUAUAUUGUAUUAUUAAAAUGUUUAAACACUUAUUAUCCUGGAAUUUUUGUUUAGUUUAGCUUGGUUUUCGUCUUAAAUUUUAUUUUGUAAAAAAAUCUAUUAUUGAAAUUGGUAAUUAACAAAACAGUAAAACGUAUUAUUGACAGAUUUAGAAAUAAUACAUUUUAAUAUACUAUAUUAUUAAAAUGUUUAAACCCCUCCCGUGACUGACCGACAUCUAUUCAGAAAUUUCCAAUGAUUAUGGCGACUCGCUAUAGUGAUGUGUUCUUACCCUAAUACUAGCAUAGAUUUACAUAGAGCGUUGUAUGCCAUUGUGGUCCUUAUUAUAAAGUAAUAAGAUUGACAAUUGCUUUAACUAUUUGUAACGUGAUUUGAGUUAUAACCAUCAAAUGUAAUCGUUGUAAUAGUAAUAAUUAACACAUACUAAUAGUUAAUAAUUAACUUAUUAUAUGUGAGUUGUGACUGAUUUAGAAAGAAACUAUAUGACAUUUUUUGGUUUGUCUACUUUUUGCUAAAGCGUUAGCUUUGGCGUUCUUUGUGUGGUUUGUUAUCUUACCAAUACAUCCGAAGCCCAACGGAGUAUCUACUCCGUAUAUAUGUACUUUUAGAGCCGUGAUAGCCCAGUGGAUAUGACCUCUGCCUCCGAUUCCGGAGGGUGUGGGUUCGAAUCCGGUCCGGGGCAUGUACCUCCAACUUUUCAGUUAUGUGCAUUUUAAGAAAUUAAAUAUCACGUGUCUCAAUCGGUGAAGGAAAACAUCGUGAGGAAACCUGCAUACUUGAGAAUUAUCUUAAUUCUCUGCGUGUGUGAAGUCUGCCAAUCCGCAUUGGGCCAGCGUGGUGGACUAUUGGCCUUAUCCCUCUCAUUCUGAGAGGAGACUCGAGCUCAGCAGUGAGCCGAAUAUAGGUUGAUGACGACGACGACGAUAUAUAUACUUUUAGACGAAUUUUACGAACUGACGAAAAUAUAAACUUUUUAACAUUUUAUCUUAUAUUCGGAUAAUGAAAAGAGGCUUUUUUAUAUUUUCUAUGUUUUAACUAACUCGAAUAAUUUGAGCUAAAUAGGAUUUCUAUUUAGCAAUGAUAUUUUUUUUAAAUUAUUUGGUAAAGAAGUGUAUAAUUAUAAGUAAACGUAAUUUAAAAAUUAUUUUUGUAUAUAACAGGUAUUUAUUUGAAAUUAAUCAUUGCUUAUAAGUUUCAAAUACUUUAUGAAAAUUUUCUAGAAGGUCUGUAGAAAAUUUCUUGAAAAUCUUACUUCUAUUGAAAUUUUGGAUUUACUGAAUUGCGAGUGAUUUUUUUUUACAAACUUAUCAAAUUGUGCCUCUAUUUGUAACCCAGACGCUUAGGCAAAUAAUAAAUACUUUUCGGAAAUAAUAAAACUGAUUAGUAAUAAAGUUUUGUGUGAAUAUUUUUGUAAUAUUAUAAUAUUAAUAUAGCGCUAUUUUUGGUAUUUGGUAUUUUUGGGAGUGUUUAUAAAUUUUUUUAAUCCAUUAUUCUGCGUAAUGGAAUAAAAACGUGUCUUUUGUAUGAGAUUUUAGCCUAAUUAUAUUUUAGAAAUACAUUUUGUAUUAUAACAUUAUAAUGUAGAAUGGGACUUAGAGUUUCACAAGAGGAAUCAAUUUAUGUACAUAAUUUUGCUGCAAACUUCAUUUCUUUCGUAUGUUGUACGCAAUCCUUAAGGUAAAAGCCUGCGAUAGCUAGACAUACCUCAAUAUAUAAUUGUCAGCUUAUAAUUAUAUGAUUGAUUCUAUGAUUAUAAAUACCAUAGAAUAAACAAAGAUCCAGAAUGAGUCUUCUAAAGCGACGUGGUGAAGCCGCUGAAAUUCAUAAAAAACAAACGUCACUCGUUUCCUUGACAUCCGCAUAUACAAAUUGUUUUCAUAAUUUGUAUUUCAAAAUUGAAGACUAUAACAAUUACGUAAAUUAAUAUAAUAAUAAUUAUAUUAAUUUACCUACGUAAUUAUUAUAAUUAUUCGAAGCGUUUGCGAUCGUAGAAAGAGAAUCGACUUGCCACUUGGCUACAAGGACUGGUCUGAAUUGGAGCAUCUCAACUUUCAUAAAAUGAGAUGUGUCUGGCAUUCACAGACUGUCGCUUACAAAAUUAUAAGUACCUACAAAGUUAUCUGAAACUAGUUCUUUUAAAUGAUAAUAAUAAUAUUAAUAUAAUCAUUUUACGAGCCGUGAUAGCCCAGUCGAUAUGACCUCUGCCUCCGACUCCGGAGGGUGUGGGUUCGAAUCCGGUCCGGGGCAUGCACCUUCAACUUUUCAGCUGUGUGCAUUUUAAAAAAUUAAAUAUCACGUGUCUCAAACGGUGAAGGAAAAACAUCGUGAGGAAAUCUGCAUACCAGAGAAUUAUCUUUAUUUUCUGCGUGUGUGAAGUCUCCCAAUCCGCAUUGGGCCAGGGUGGUGGAUUAAGCCCUAAUCCCUCUUAUUCUGAGAGAAGACUCGAGCGCAGCAGUGAGCCGAAUAUGGGUUGAUGAUGAUGAAUCCUUUUACCUGCUUGUCCAUUUUACAUUUUACGAGUGUGUUUUGUUGUAUGAAUCUUUACGAUCAUGUUGUUCAUAUUUUAUUAAUUAAUUAAUACUAAACAUCACGUAUAUGUACGUAUCUUUGUUUGUAUUUUAGUUAGCUAUUGAUUUCAAACAGCACAUUAAUUUUUACGAUCUUCUUAAUGUGCGAUUGACGUGCGUUGCCCAAGUUUUUACCUGUUUCACAGAUUUUCACGUGAGUUUUUGUCGCGAAAUAGCUUUAAAGGCUUUUUUUUUGACGUGAAAGCUCUGAAUACAUAAUAAUACGAAACGUCGAACUGGGCUACUGGCUGUUUCGGUUUGUUUUUCGCAAAAUAAAAGUCGAGUGAGACUAUUGAUAUUAAAUUCUUAUUUUAUAGUUUUCAAUUAUAAUUAUUAUUAUUAAAAAGUUAGUAUUUAAAUUUUUUUUGGAAUUUUGAAAUUAUUUUGUUUAUUCUCUUUUUGCUUAGAAUUUAGAAAUUCAUCCUAAAUUACAUGUUACCUACAUGUAAUUUCAGAUGAAUUUCAACAAAAUAAAACUAAGAAUGAAAUGAAGUUAUAAGCUUUUUUUCCGCAAACUAUAUUUCAAUCAUUCGUAGGCCAUACUGUUUUCGGUUAUGCUUAACGCUAAAUAUUAAUCGUAUCGUACAUGUUUUCAGUAGGUUGGUAAAUAGCCAUGGACCAGAUUUGAGCCAACGUAAAAAAUAUAAUUGGCUAGUAAUAAAUAUAUAUUUAAUUAAUAUAUAACUCGUGUCCAUUGACUUGACACUUUACUACCAAACAAAUACAAAAACCAUUCGAGAAAGGUGUCCAGUUUAUCCAUACGAGCUCUGAUUGUAAUAUAAUUGCCUUGGCUAGGAAUUGAACCCAGAAUUUUAGGGCUAUAGAAUUUGAUUUUAACUUCGCAAAAGAGAUUGUCAAUAAAAACUUUUCUGAGUAGUAUUUAUAUAUUGUAUUCCUGUUGAUUGUUACUAAUUUAAUUACUGAGGAUUUUAAUUACUAACAUUAAAUUGAAUAAAGAUUAACCUGAUACGUAACAUCUAAUCUCUUUUAUAUCCUGACUAUUAGAUAAUGUUGUAAUUUAUACAAAUAAUAAUUAAUUUAUUUGAUUAUUGAAUAAAGAUGAUACAAUUUA